CCUACUUUUGCAAAAUCAUUCAUUUUUAAGUCUCCUCCCUGUCCCAAAUUUAACAUUCGAUAAGCCCUCGUCAUGGCCGUCGCGUACCGUGACAUCUGCUGCGACGGUCUCUACUACGAGCCGGACAUCCGCACGGAACGCGCCACCUUCGCCAUGUCCUGCUUCUGGGGACCCGAAGCCAUCUUUGGCGUCACGCCGGGCGUCAUCCGCACCCGCGUCGGCUACACGGGCCUCGGCACCGUCGCCAACCCCUCGUACAAGAACAUUUUCGACUACACGGAAACUGUCGAUGUCGAAUUCGACCCGCUAAAGACAAACUUUGACAAAUUGAUUGAAAUCUUUUGGAAGAAUCACGAUCCAACGGUGGCCUGCACGCGGCAGUACAUGUCAAUCAUCUUUUACCACACGCCGGAACAACGGGUCACCGCGGAGAAGACUCUGCGCCGAGAAGUCGGGCUGCGUGCGAGACCAAUUAAAACUCAAAUUUAUCCAGCAAAAGAGUUCUACGAGGCGGAAUAUUACCACCAGAAGUACUUUUUGCAAAAGUACCCCUACAUCUUGACCAUGUUGGACAUCAAGGUGGGUCUUCCCAUCAUCCGGUCGAAAGCUGCGGCGCGGUUGAACGGCUACGUGGCUGGAUACGGGACUCCGGAAGCCUUCGAAGCCGAGUGGCGACGCCUCAACCUGUGCUGCGAACUCGUCGAAUUUAUCCGCAAGACCAUCGCCCUCAAUUACAAGAAGCCCAUCGGAUGUCCACCCUACUAAUGAAUGACCAAGGAACCUGACAUGGACAAAACUUCAAUAAUAUGCAAUGAUUCAAAUGCGAAUUGAAACGUUCAAAUUCUUGUCGAGCAUGUAAAAUUUUAUGAUUUUUUGUCGACAUG